AUUUCUUGGAGGACCGAUGAGCAAGUCAUUCCAAAACAAAACACCCCCCUCUCUCUCCCCUCCCCCAGUCUGCUCCUCCUUAUUUAUGGCCACGCCCCAACCUAAAAACUUCAGGAGGACAAAGGUUUCUGUCACAAAUAAGUGCUUAUGCCGCACUCGAGUAGAGAAAGAAAACAAAGAAGAAGAAGAACAAAGAAAGUUAAGGGUUUUCCUUGGGUGAUUGAGCAAACCCUAGUUAGUUUAUGGUGCAGCUAAACAAUUCUCUUGGGUUUGAUGUAUACAAAACUUGAUGUGUGCAUCUGUGGUUCCAGAUCUGAGUGAUGACCUCAUGGGGUGCUUAGAUUUUGCCAGUAUAAUUCAUUUUCUAGUUCAGAAAAUUAAAGAGGGACACAAAAGAAAGACUGACAGAAGAGAGUGAGCACACACAAAAGUAUAUGGUAUGAAGGCAUUCCAUUGCAGGGUGUGUGCUCACAUCUCUUCUGUCAGCUUCCACUUCCAAGUGUUUCCUCGUGCACCCACUAAACCUUCCUUUUUCAGUUCUAUUUUUCUUUCAAGGAAAAAAGAACUACUAUCCUAUCCUCUUCUUUCUUAGAGAGUGUGUGUGUUGUUAUUAUUAUUUCAAUUAUAAUCUCCACUUGUAACUGAUCCUUCUUAUCUUCUAGAUGUAUGUGUUUUCUCUCUCUUUCUCUGCAGCUUCCUUUUAUCACAACACACGCUUGUGUCUUUCUCGCUUUCUUUAUGACUGAAAGGGCAGCUGAAGAGCGCCACUGCAUAAAGUAUCUCAAGUGCAAGCUUGACGCAUCAUCCUCCCCAUCCAUAAAAAAUCUGCUCUAUAUGACAUCUCUCUCUUUUCUUUCAGGCAAUGAAAUUAUUUUAUAAUUGCUGGUAACUAGAAUUGUAGAAACGGAAUGAUUUUUUUGGCGGGUUCAUUUCAUACAUCAGAUGGUUAUAUUUUUUUUUUUUUGAAGAAUUUUCCCUGUCAAAUUUCAUCCACUUGUGUGAGCUUGUAUUCUUAUAUAAACCAACAACAACAAAAAAAAACUAUUGAUGGUGCUCGAAAGCGUGGCUUUUUAUGGUGGUCCUCUUUUUGGAAGGAGAGGACGAUUUGUGCUCUUUGAAGUACGCUUCUUUACUGUUCAAAAUUUAACGGAAAACUGUAUUUUGGAAUCUGAAAAUGAGUUCCCAAUAUUAUAUUUCACCAGCUUUUGAUUCAUCAAGACUCUCCUGCUUUUCUUCCCUCUUUAAUCCUUUUGUAUCUCUUGGUGACCAUGCAAGGUAAAGGAAGGAGUAAAGGGCAUGUGUGGCUACUACUGUCUCUUAAUCUGGGUCUGCUUAUUUUAUUUUAUUUUGACAGCCUAUCCAGAUUUUUCUUUUUUUACUGAUGUUUAACCUAACUAAUUAAUGCAGUUUUUGCACACUUUAAAUUUUGGGUAUUGUGGACUCGGGGAUUUUUUUGGUGCCUAGAACUCGUACUUGCAGUAGGAGAAAAGGGACUCUCCUGAAAAUAGGGUCAGCAAAUAAGGGUGCCAAAUAUGGGAAAGUGUUUUUGUUUCCUCUUCUGGGCAGAUAUGCAUUAUUUCGCUCCCUUAAGGGGGGCAACGGACGGCUUCUGUUUCCAGCAGUCAGUUUUCGCUCAGGAAUUCGAUGGAAGAAGAAACUGUGAGCUUGAUUUUAAAUGCAGAAACACCUGCAAUUGAAGAACUGUCAGAUUCAAAUAGCAGCACUCAUCCAUUUCCACCAAGCAAGCGUGCAAGGUCCGGCAGUAAUAUCAGCGCUUCAAGAUUCAAAGGUGUUGUGCCACAGCCAAAUGGUCACUGGGGUUGUCAAAUAUAUGCCAACCACCAACGGAUUUGGCUAGGAACCUUCAAAUCUGAAAGGGAGGCAGCUAUGGCUUAUGAUAGUGCAGCAAUAAAGCUUCGGAGUGGCGAUUCACGGAGAAAUUUCCCACCAACUGACAUAACUGUCGAAGAGCCAAAAUUUCAAAGUUAUUACAGCAUUGAAGUCGUGCUUGCCAUGAUAAAGGAUGGUACCUACCAAUCCAAGUUUGCUGAUUUUAUAAGAACAUACUCCCAAAGUUUGGAGACUGAACUCGGCCUCAAGCUUAUGAUGCCGCAAAGUAGUGAAGGGCUAACAUGUAAGCAACUGUUUCGAAAGGAGCUAACACCAAGUGAUGUUGGUAAACUAAAUAGGCUUGUCAUCCCUAAGAAAUACGCUAUUAAGUACUUCCCAAAUAUUUCUGAAAGCGCUCAAGAAGAUGAGGCAGCUGACAAAAUGGUCGAUGUGAUGCUAGCUUUCUAUGACAAGUCAAUGAGGUUGUGGAAAUUUCGGUAUUGUUAUUGGAAAAGCAGUCAGAGUUAUGUCUUCACAAGGGGUUGGAAUCGAUUCGUGAAGGAAAAAAAAUUGAAGGCAAAUGACUCCAUUGUUUUCUGGUUAUGCGAGAGUGGAGAGACUGUAGAUUCCGCUACUCAAACAUUCCAAAUGAUUGAUGUAAGCAACUGUGAAAACAGCAGUAACAUUGCAGAGUCAUCCAACCAAAGCAUUGCGUCCAAAGUUGAGUUGCAGCUUCUCCAAGGCCCGGGAAUCGCCCGUGACAGUACAGUCAAGAAGAACGUCGAAGAAGACAGAAUGAUGCGAGCUGAGAAGCCAACACAUGACGCUGUGAAAACAGGCUUUAAACUCUUUGGCAUACAAAUUCUGUAGAAUGGCAUGGUUUCUUAGGGUUCUCUCUUCUGCCUUUUAGUGUGGGUUGCUAAGUUUAUUCUGAUGGCUCAGCUUUUUAUAUGAGCAAUUUUAAUUACUAGAAAUUACCUUAGUUAUAUCGGACUUGUAAUUGGCAGCUUGGGUGGAUGCUAAAAUUCUCGGGCAAGAUCUUAGUGAAUAUUGGCCAAAUUAUUAAUGGAAGCAUGCAAUUAUUGGUAUUAUAA